AUGGCUAAGCCGAGCCAGUCCGUUGAACGAAUCCAAUCAUUAGUUCUCGUUAGAGGUGCUCGUCUUGAAUGUAAUGACUAUGGACUUGUUUGUUUUAAUCUUGCCAAAGCAAUCAAUCGAUACUUACUUUCUCAUAUUCAUUACACUGAGUCUGAAGCUUUCCUUGUGGACUCUCCAUUUAUUGAAAUGUUCAAAAUAUUAAUUAUUUCAAAUCCUGAGCUUUUAAAAAAUCGUGAUGUUGUCGGUAAUGGUGGUCGAACGCCAAAUGAUAUUAAACAACGUGCUCGAGUCGAUUAUUGGUUAGACUGGCAUCACAUGAAUUUACGUCAUGGAUCAAUGUGUUUAAUAAGAGCAAAUUUAUUGGCUCCUAUUAAAAAGUAUUCGCAACAAACCAUCGAUGAAUUACGAAAAGAAGGUGACGCAGUAUUGAAAUCAAGUUUAAGCUUUAUGGAGGAAGCCAUGAGUAAAAAUAACUAUAUUGCUGGUGGAAAUCAAUUGUCAAUUGCCGAUAUUGCAUUAGCAUGUGAAGUGAUAAUGUUGCCAAUUGCAGAUGCUUCAUACAAAGCUUACCCAAACAUUGAGGCAUGGCUAAAAAGACUUUCAACAGAAAUCAAGUGCUGGUAUCAAGUUAAUGCAAAAUUAGAUCAAUUUCUAGCAUCGAAAGGCAAAUAA